AGGGGGGAGGGGCACAAAAGGCCGGCUCUCCGGGCCUGGGUCCCCGAGCGGACUGGGGAGGGGGGCCAGCCCCGCGGGCGACUGGGUGGGGAGGAGGCGGGGCCUAGCGGCGCCGGGGCGGAGCGAUGGCUGCGUGGAGGCUGAGUGGGCGUGGCUUGGGAAUGGGCGGGACUGGGUGGAAGUGGGAGGAACUUGGGCAAGGGGCGAGGUUUGACGAAGGGGCGUGGCUCUGGGAGACUGGUAGGCGGGCCCUAGGUUGAAGGGUCCUCCACUGGGGCUGAGUGGGGAAAAGGGUUCAGUGUGGAGGUGGGAGGAGCUAGGAGAAUGGGUGGAGUUUGUCUAGGGAUGAAGCUUUCAGAAAGUGAUGGGCACAGUGGAGGGGGGUGGGGUUUAAGCGUGUAAUUUGGGGGCGUCUUUAGGGGAAAUAGCAAGUCUUUAUAACUGCAGGUGAAAUGAUUUAGAGAAGAUGGGGAGGGCGUCAGAGAGGAACGGCUGAGGUGGCAAGAGAGUGAGAGUGAUGGGGCCUUGGAAAGAAAGGGGUUUACAUAAAGCCUGCGCUUAAGGAAAAAGUGAGCGGGAUUUAGUAGGUGGAUCUUGGAGAAGAGAUGGAGACUUCAAGAGGAAGCUCGGAGGAAUUUAGCAGACAGCAGUGAAUCAAAACAGCUUAGCUGUUGAGUCUUUGCUGUGCGGUCAGUAAGCACUUGGCGGUGUGGCCACAAUUAUGCUUAGUCCUCACCACCUCCUGAGCAAUGUCAGCCUUCCUCCGAAGAUGACUUUCAUCUUCAAAGAAGAGAGGGGGUGGCUUUCAGAAAUACAACAGGCUUCAGGAGCAAGGAGACUUUGGAAGGAAGAGAGCCCCCACCCGCCACUGCCCUCGCACCGCGCCGCCAUGGAUGACGCGCCGCUGCCAGCGCCCCCGCUCCCCGCCCGGGCCCCGGCCCCGGCCCCAGCUCCGCCCGCUGCUGCCCCCCGCGUGCCGUUUCACUGCAGUGAGUGUGGCAAGAGCUUUCGCUACCGCUCGGAUCUGCGGCGCCACUUCGCUCGGCACACUGCGCUCAAACCCCACGCGUGUCCGCGCUGCGGCAAGGGCUUCAAGCACAGCUUCAACCUGGCCAACCACCUGCGCUCGCACACCGGCGAGCGGCCCUACCGCUGCUCCGCCUGCCCCAAGGGGUUCCGAGACUCCACCGGCCUGCUACACCACCAGGUCGUCCACACUGGUGAGAAGCCCUACUGCUGCCUCGUCUGCGAGCUCCGCUUCUCCUCGCGCUCCAGCCUGGGCCGCCACCUCAAGCGCCAGCAUCGUGGGGCGCUCCCGUCCCCGCUGCAGCCCGGCGCAGGCCUGCCCGCUCUGAGCGCGCCCUGCUCGGUCUGCUGCAACGUGGGGCCCUGCUCUGUGUGCGGGGGCGCGGGGGCGGGCGGUGGCGGCGCCGGCGGCGAGGGUCCAGAGGGGGCAGGCGCCGGCGCGGGGGGCUGGGGGCUGGCCGAGGCCGCGGCGGCCGCAGCGGCGGCCUCCUUGCCCCCGUUCGCUUGCGGCGCGUGCGCGCGGCGCUUCGACCAGGGCCGUGAGCUGGCGGCCCACUGGGCGGCGCACACCGACGUGAAGCCCUUCAAGUGCCCGCGCUGCGAGCGCGACUUCAACGCGCCCGCGCUGCUGGAGCGGCACAAGCUGACCCACGACCUGCAGGGCCCCGGCGCGCCCCCGGCGCAGGCCUGGGCCCCCGGGGCCGCCGGCGAGGGCGGCGAGGUUCAGCCAGCCUGGGACGGCGGGUUGCUCCUGGGCCGCGCCGGGGGCGGCGUGCCCGAGCUGGGGGUGCUGCUCCCGGAGGGCGGCGGCGAGGCGCCCGCGGAGCCGUCGGAAGACACGCUGUACCAGUGCGACUGCGGGACCUUCUUCGCGUCGGCGGCGGCGCUGGCCAGCCACCUGGAGGCGCACUCGGGCCCCGCGGCCUACGGCUGCGGCCACUGCGGGGCGCUGUACGCGGCGCUGGCGGCCCUGGAGGAGCACCGGCGCGCCAGCCACGGCGAGGGCGCGGGCGCGGGCGGCGCGGAGGCGGCGGCCGCGCCCGCCCGCGAGGGGGAGUCCCCGUCCGGGGAGCCCGCGUCUGCCUCGGGCCGCGGCAAGAAGAUCUUCGGUUGCUCCGAGUGCGAGAAGCUGUUCCGCUCGCCGCGCGACCUGGAGCGGCACGUGCUGGUGCACACGGGCGAGAAGCCGUUCCCGUGCCUGGAGUGCGGCAAGUUCUUCCGCCACGAGUGCUACCUCAAGCGCCACCGGCUGCUGCACGGCGCCGAGCGGCCCUUCCCCUGCCACGUCUGCGGCAAGGGCUUCAUCACGCUCAGCAACCUCUCCAGACACCUGAAGCUGCACCGGGGCAUGGACUGACACGGCCGGGCCGUGCGCCCCGCCGUCCGACCUCCCCUCCCCGGGGCGCUGGACUCAGGGCCCGGGCCCCGGGGACCUAGGGACCACGAGGGAGGAGCCCCCCACUGGCCCUCCAGAGCCAGGCACGGGCCCUGGGAAGAGGGGACCCUGGCUGGAGGACAGGGGACCACCUAGCACCUGCACAGGCCCCUGAGCUGGUGGGCGGCAAGACUAACCUCGGGGUCCCGGAUCUAUGGAGAGACUCCUAACCUCGAGGCCCCUGGAACACGUGCUGAGCACCCCCAUAUCAAUCGACCUCUAAGCUGUGGGGAGCCGGGGAUGACAAAGGGGUCUCCACAAGUCCUCCUCCUCUUGAGGGCCCUAAUAAUUAAAGAUGGGCAUGCCCUUCCCCACCCAAGGAAAGACUGCCCCUCUUCCUAAGAGCCAUUAUUCCAACCAUCUAGAUCUGGAGAAUGGGGGAACCAUUUCCCUGGAUUUCCCUCCCCGCCCAAUGCUAUCCACCAGGAGUCGUCACUGGUGCCCCCGGAUAACAGAUAUAGCCGGAAUCUGCCUCCUCCCCUGUCACUUAGACCGUAUGUGGAAAGAGGACCAGGGUAGUUGCCCGGUCUCGCUCCCCUACUGCGGAAUGGAUGGACCCUGAUGAUCUUCCCCGCCCCUCAAAACAUAGAAUAGGCUGGUUCAGAAUCCGACCCCCCUCCCCCCGUAGGAUGGACUGAUCCGGAUCCACGUAGACUCCACCCCCUGUCCACUGGAAUGGGCGGUGCCGGUUGCGGCCUGCACCCCACCUCCUCGGAGCAAAUACCACAGACAUUCCUCCGCGCCCUCCAGCGUGGGGGCCGGUCCACGUCAUCUCCCGCUCUGCGAGCUCAAGAGUGGGGCGUGGGGUUCGCCGGGGCAUCCCUCUCGCUCUGCUGUAGCACCUGUCAGUCUUUCCAUAUCUGUCAGUUUGUCUGUGUUCUUCCCAGCACCAAGGGGAAGGGGGCUUUGGCUGGGGGGGUUGUCCCCUGUGAGCCUCGACCUCGCCCCCUCGCCCCACUCCCCAGCUUCUCCUGGACCCCAAUAAACGCCGUCCUUUCAGCCGC